AUGGUCAGUUUCCUACAAGUCGAUGGAGCCAGAAUUGUCGACAGUGAUGGCAAGGAGGUGAUACUCAGAGGGGCGGGUUUGGGUGGCUGGAUGACGAUGGAGAACUUCAUUACCGGCUAUCCUGGCUGUGAAUUCCAGAUUCGAGCAGCGCUCGCGGAAGUCGUGGGAGAUAAGAAAGCUACUUUCUUCUUCGACAAGUUCCUUGAGCACUUCUUCGCCGAGCCAGACGCGGCAUUCUUCAAAUCGCUCGGCCUCAACUGUAUCCGCAUCGCGAUCAACUACCGUCACUUCGAGGAUGACAUGAAUCCGUGCGUGCUGAAGCCGGAGGGUUUCAAGCACCUCGAUCGUGCCAUCGCGGCAUGCGCAAAGCACGGGAUCUAUACCAUCCUUGAUAUGCAUACCGCGCCUGGCGGGCAGAACGGCGGGUGGCAUUCAGACCAUGGAUCGCACAUCGCCUCUUUUUGGAUCCACAAGGAUUUCCAGGAUAGGCUCAUCUGGCUGUGGACAGAGGUCGCAAAGCAUUACAAAGAUGAGAAGUGGAUCGCAGGCUACAAUCCAAUGAACGAGCCCGCCGACUCGCGACACAUGGGUCUGGUCGACUUCUACGACCGGGUAUAUGCGGCCAUCCAGUCCGUCGACCCGAACCACAUGCUCUUCCUCGACGGCAACACUUUCGCGUCCGACUUUACCGGUUUCCCCGAUGACGCAGCGGCGCGAUGGCCCAACGCUGCGUAUGCGAUACAUGACUAUUCGCUCUACGGAUUUCCCAGGUCUCCAGAGGCAUACGCACGGACGGACGAGCAGCGCCGCCGUAUGCGCCGGAGCUAUGAGAAAAAGCGCGAGUGGCUGGACCGGCGCGGCCUCUGUGUAUGGAAUGGCGAAUGGGGCCCGGUGUAUGCGCGGAAAGAAUAUGAUGGAGAAGCGACAGAAGAAACUAACGAAAGACGGUACAUGGUCCUGAACGACCAGCUCGAGAUGUAUCGCGAGGAUCGUCUCAGCUGGUCAAUCUGGCUGUACAAGGAUAUCGGCUUCCAAGGCAUGGUCUACGUCUCGCGUGAGACCGCCUAUAUGCGGCUCUUCAAAGACUUCCUGCACAAGAAGUACCGCCUUGCAAUUGACGCGUGGGGCGCAGACGACCGCUUCGUGCGGCACGUUUACGAGCCGCUCGUCAACCUCAUAAAGGAAGACGUACCGAACGAAGGCGAUCAGCGACUGUACCCGUACCCUAUCUGGACACUUGAGCGGCGCGUCGAGGUACUUGCGAGAAACAUUCUGGUGAGCGAGUUCAUGGUGAAGGAGUGGGCGAAACACUUCCGGGGCAUGGACGAGCCCGAAUUGGAGAAGAUUGCAGAGAGCUUCAAGUUCGAGAACUGCAUGGGGAGGGAGGGGCUCAACAAGGUGCUGAGGGCUCACGCGCCUCAGAUCAACACCGCCUGA